UUUGCUUACAAUAAAAAAGUAAAAGCAGUUGUCUACACUGGAAGAUCAACUUAUUGAAAAUGAAAGACUGGUCUACCUACGGUAUAGUAAUGUCGAAAACAUGUCAUCAAUGCUCUGCUGUGCCGUGCUUUCAAUUUUAGGCUAAAUUAGUUUUAGUCUUCUCACAUAAAAUAACAACCAAAACAAAAAAAAAAAAAAUUCAAAAAAAAAAAACAUUCAAAAAUCUUUUCUUUGCCGUAUGUUCCUUUCUGUUUGUAGUUGAAAAAAAUCAAUACUACUACAACAUAAUCAGCAAGCAUUGUGACAAAUAUCACUUGAAAAUCUUCUUUAUUGUUUAAAUAAUAUUUAAUUGAAACGUGUGCUGUGCAUUGUAAUGAACCAACCGAAUACUUUAGAACUGUCUAUUUUAUAACAAUUAUUAUUAGUUUUUUAAAUUAGGAUAGAAGUAAUUUUUUUUUUUUUUUAAUUUUUUUGUCUUUAAGUUAAAAAAAAUGCAAAGUUUUAUGUAACAACCAUAGUAAUUUGUGUUCAGACAUAAAACCAUUUAAAAAAGUUACUUGACCUAGUCAAGUGCCUUAAAAUUUAGUUAUAAAAAAUAUUACUGUGAUAUUGAUUUUAUUGGUAAUAAUGUAUUAUAUAUAAAAAUUUAUGUUAAGAAGUAGAUUGUAAUUAAAACUUUUUUUUUAAUCAGAAACAAUUUUUUGUAUUGUGUAGUCAUAAAAAUAUUGUGUACAAAUAUUUACUUUUAAGUUUUAAAUUAGUAUGUCUAACAACUCUCAGUGGAAUUUGUUUCAAUCAACUAUGUUGAAUGGAAAUGAAUCAUCUAUGCUGAAUUUUAAGACGCUUUCAGCAUUAACCAAUUUAAAUAAUUUUUCAUCUUCAAGAACUACUAACCAUUCUCCACCAAGUUAUAACUCGCAAUCUAACCAAAAUUUUCCUAUGCCAUCACAAUUUCAAUCAUCUCAGUUUCAUCAAAAGGAUUCUUCUUUAAACAACAUGUUUACUAAUGGUAUACAAUCAUCAAAUUUUGAUGUCUUCUCUUCAGAUAACACGGCUCCUGUUAGCCGUUAUCCAUCUUCAGGAAAUGAUAUAUUUGGCCAUGACACAGCAACUGCAAGUAGUUCUAAUAAUUCUAACUUUUCAAGUGAAUCAUUUGGAAAUAAUCAAGGAGUUCGAGAAACAGGAAUUAUUGAAAAAUUACUGCAUUCUUAUGGUUUUAUUCAAUGCUGUGAACGUCAAGCAAGGCUUUUUUUUCACUUUAGUCAGUUCAGUGGUAAUAUAGAGCAUCUUAAAAUUGGUGACCCUGUUGAAUUUGAAAUGACUUAUGAUAGAAGAACUGGUAAACCAAUUGCUAGUACUGUUACCAAAAUUGCUCCUGAAGUGGUACUUAGUGAAGAAAGAGUAACAGGAGUUGUAACAACAGAACUAAGAACUGAAGGUUCUGGUGGUGAUACACAAGGUAGAAUAAGCUAUGAAAAUCGAGGAGAAUGUUUUUUUCUCCCAUAUAACAAAGACGAUGUUGAAGGAAAUGUUACAUUAAGAACAGGAGAUCAAGUAAGUUUUCAAAUUGCUACCAACCAAAGAGGAAAUUUGGGUGCUACCCAUGUUCGUUUAGAGAAUCCAGUGCAUCCAGUUAAAUAUCAAGGUGUUGUUUGUUCUAUGAAAGAUAUUUUUGGCUACAUUGAAAGAGCUGAUAUUGUUAAAGAAAUUUCAUUUCCCUUUUCUGAAUUUAAAGAUAAUGGAUCUCCAUUGCAGCUAGGUGAUGACGUAGAAUUUAUUAUUCAAACUCGAAGUGGAAAAGAGGUUGCUUGUAAUAUUGAACGUUUACCGACUGGUUCAGUGAUUUUUGAAGAUAUAGAUGAAAAUAUCAUGAAAGGCCAAGUUUUAAAACCACUAGAUAAAAAUCCUCAAAAUCAUUUACCAUCUGAGCCUCUACCUGGGCGUAUAAGGUAUAGAGCUCCAGAUUACUCAGAAGUGGAAGUUUCUUUUGGAGAAAAAGAUCAGCAAGGAGAUUUUACCUUAAGACAUGGAGAUUGGGUUGAAUUUCGAAUAGCGACUGAUCGUCGUGAUCAAUUAAAACGAGCAACGAAUAUAUCACUAUUACCUGAAUCAUUUGUCGUUUCUGGAGAAAGAAGAGAACAAGGAAUUAUUGCAGUUUUAAAACAAGGAUUUGGAUUCUUGCGUUCUGUUGAAAGAGAGCCCAAGAUAUAUUUUACUUUUAAUGAAGUUCUUGACGUAAAUAAAAAAUUAGAAUGUAAUGAUGAAGUUGAGUUCACAGUUGCUCAGGAUCCUUCGUCUUCUUUUGGUAAUUCAAGACAAAGUGCCAUACGAAUAAAGCAUUUGCCUCGUAAUUCAGUUCAGUUUGAAAUUCUUGUUGAAGAAGGAUUGAUGGGGAUUGUAACUGUUGUAGCAACAGAGAUAUCAGAACCAUCAAGUCCAACUAAAACUAAUGCUCAUACGCCUGAUGAAGUUACUUAUGAACCAGGAGUAAUCACAAUGCAAUCUAAUGGGACUAAAAGAACAAUUCUGUAUAACUUAAAAGACUGUUGCGGGAAAUUUUUACCCAAACAAGGAGACAAAGUAAAAUUUAAUUUAUAUCAAGUAAAGCGUAAUAAAGAACUAAUUGCCAUGAAUAUUCAAUCUCUUACUUCCAUUUCAAAUGGUAACCAACCUUCCGAUGAAUCCAAUCGUACUGAUAUAAAAUAUGGUUAUAUUGCAGCACUUAAAGAUGGCUUUGGAUUUAUUGAAACAAUUGCUCUUGAUUCUGAAGUAUUUUUUAGAUAUGCAAAUUUGAAUGAUCCAAGUGCAUCUUUAGAACUUGGUAUGGAAGUGGAAUAUACAUUAAGCACUAGAAAUACUGGAAACGGAGGUAGUUGUGCUUCUGCUGAAAAUGUCCGAAUAUUACCUCCUGGUACUAUAAAUGACAAUAGUGAAUUGCUUCAACCAAAUAAUAUUUUAGAUGGAGUUGUAUCUAGACCUCUACGUUCUGUUAAUCCUGAACAAACUGAGUAUGCUGGUAUCAUUCAAGAAGUACCAACAACGGAAGAAGAAAACAUCUCACAAUAUGAGUUUGGAAUUAAAGGAUUAAUGAAUAAAAGAGAGUUAUUACAAGUUGGAGAUCCUGUACAGUUUCAAGUUGAUUCUAAAAAUCGAGCUGUAAACAUAAUUGCUAUUAGGAAGAAACAGAGGGCCCAUGUUGAUGCUAUAAAAGGACUAUUUGGAUUUUUAACCUAUGAAGUAGAAGGUGGUAAGAAGUUAUUUUUCCACACAUCAGAAGUAACAGAUGGUAUUAAACUUCAACAAGGUGACUUGGUUGAAUUUGUAUUAGUUGUAAAUCAAAGAUCGGGAAAAUCAUCCGGCUGUAAUGUCACUAAAAUCAGUUCUGCUGAAAAUUCUCCUCCCAAACAAUCAUCACAGCGACCAGAACAUUUAAUUAAUCGCAUACGUACUGUAUCAAUAAAAGAUGAUGGCUCUCCAAAAUUAAUAGUUGUUCGCCAGCCUUCAGGUCCAGAUGGAACAAAAGGAUUUAAUGAAAAUGCUCGUAAAAGACAUAGCCCUGGACAAUUAAGUGAAGUUUAAAGCGACUUUUUAAAUAUAUAUUUGACUAAUACUCUGACUUAAUUCCCGAUCCAAAUUUUCCCACUGUUAUUAUUAUUUACUGCUACUUUUUUCUUUUUUUUUUUUUUUUUUAAUAAAGAUGAGCUUCCAAACUUAUUUGUAAAAUUAAGUCAUCCGCUUAAUGUAACCAAACAUCUAGCAGGUAAUAUAUUCUAAAAUAAACAAGUUUAGUUAUGAUUUUUAUUUUAUAUAAGUUUACCUUUUUAUAAAAACAAUAUUGUAUGUUAAUGAAAAUAUUAGCAAUAAGAUUGUCAGGUUAGUAUUUAUUAGUAGUUUCAUAAAUGAAAUAUUUAAUAUUAAGUUAUUAAUGAGCACAUACAUCUUGAUAGUAAUUUAAUAUUAAUAAUUGAUAACUAAGAAAAAUGUAUCCACUUGUUAGAACAUAAAAUAUUAUUUAAAUUAAGUAGUGUUAAAUAUGUUAUUACAUUUAAGAGUAAUGCUAAUACGUUCAUUUAUGAACCCAUAAGCUAGCUAAAAAUAACGCUCUUUCUUUUUAAAAAUUUAAAUAUUUUUUUUAUGUUAAAAAUUCAUAAUUAAAUAUUAUUUUAUAUACCUAUCAGUAAUCAGACAAUUAUGGGAGUUUUUUAUCUUUAUUUUAACAUUGAAAUUUUUAUUUACAUACUGUUCCUAACAUAGAUCUCCCUGUUUGAUCAUCUUAAUAAGUUAAUAAUCUCUUUCUAUUAUAUUUUUUAUCAUAUUGGAUGCAUUUAAAUGUAUUAGUUUUUUAAUUAAUAAAUUCAAGUAGUUUCUAUUAACAAAACUAAAAUUAUUAAGUAUGAAUAUAUACAUAAUCUCAUGUUUUUUUUCUAUAUAAUUUGACUUUGUUAUACUUCUGGCUAAAUAAUUUUACCAAUAUUUCUAUUUACCUAAAAAUUAAAAUAAAUGCCACCAUGAAACAUGCUCACAAUAACUUUUAUACAUUAAGACUUUAUUUUAUGUAGUGUAAAAUGAUCCUAGAAUCAAUGACUGAUUUGGAUUCCAUCAGUUGAUAAAAACAUUUUUUUUCAUAAUUCAUUAGUUUUACCUUUAUUAAAUUCUUAUUGUAUGCAAUAUGGAAAUCAUUAGAAAUUAGAUGAUAAAUGUAACAAAUUUAGGGUUCGAAUAAUUAUAAAAAUAUAUUAACUCUAAGUCAUAGUAUUUAAGAUUUUAUUAAAUGCUACUAUAAAUCUAUGCAUAUAAAUAUAUAUAUAUUUUUUUUUAGUACAAAACUAAAAUGUAUUCUUCAAGUAGUUUUUUUCAUUCCAAAUUUUGUUUACAUCAUAUAAAUUUUAAAUUUGCAAUUUAGUAGAUGAGCUUUUAAUUUGAAAAUAUAGACAUACAGGUAUGACAACUUACACAAAUAUUAUGCCAAACGGAACUAGUUUAAGAUGUAACUAAACUGUGAUAAAUUAUGAGUAUGUACUAUUAUAAUAUAUUGUAAUUGUAAUUGUAGUUUUUUUUUAAAUUUUAAUGAAUUGUCAAUUUUAUCUUGCAUAUAUCUUUCAAAUAAUGAUAAUCUAUUGCAAGUAAACAAGUUAAUUUAAAAUAUUAUUGUAAUGUAAUUGUAUAUACUAUUGAGAAGAUAUAUUUUAAUAUUUAUUAUUUUAAAAAUCAGUAAUAACAAUAUAAUGCACUUAUUUUACAAUUAAUAACUUAAAAUAAAGUGUUAAAUAAAUGUUUAUUAAAUAUUAAAAACAUGUUAUUUACAAUUUUUCUCUGUUGAAAGUAUUCUUGUAGUAUAAAUUAACAAUGAUAAAUUUAUAAAAUAUAAUAAUUUUCAAUAUUUUUCACUGAAAUAACUAAAAAGUAACAUAAAAGAUAUUUUAAUUUUUAAAUUAAUCAAAAAUUAAAACUAAACGCCAGACAUUAGUCAUUAAUUAUUUUAUUUUAAUAGUGUUAUGUAAUAUUAUAUAAGAAUAAUUUUAGUGAAAAUUAUUUUUAAAUGUAGUUUACUUUUCAAUAUUUGUAUAUUGGAUGAUAUGUUUUACUCUAGGGAUCAGGAAUUUUCAAAGAUUAGCACACAAUCUUUAAAGAAAAAAAAUGUAAUUAUUUGUUAAAUUAAGGAUGUUGAGUUAUUGUGAGCAUUAUUAAAUGAUAUUUAUAGUCGAGUAAUUAUUAUUUAACCUACUAAUUAUUUGAUAAAUAGCUUAUAAUUAUGAUUAUAAAUGUAUGUAUUACAAUAAGAUAUAUAGCAUUACAUGUUUUUUCGGGUUGCUUUUGAACUAAAAUAACAUAUUACCAAAUAAGAUGAUUACUGACAAAAAAUUGUUAAGACUUUUCUGAAACAUUAGGGAAAAAUAAUUAACUCGCUGAAACUGUAAGGCUGAAAAUAACAAAACAAUUUGAAACAUU